CUAUGACGCACAGGACCAGCUUUCCCAAACCUAAAGGAGCAGGAGGCCAACCCGGCGCGGCAACAGCAAAAGGCAAACAGCAGAGCGGAUCGGUUUCGGUCGAUCCCGCCCGAGGGUGGUCCGUGGGGGUGUCCGGAAGUCCGCAGCUUUGGGGAGCGACUCGGUUGGAUGAGCCGAUCGCUAACGAGGGUCCCGUCCCGCGGGCAGCCUCUGACUCGGGCCGAGGAGUCACAGGCCGGGCGCGCAGAGCGGGCCGGGCCCUCCCGACCCCCAGCUCUCACCUGCGCGCCCUCAGCGAAACAGGGUGCAGGUCCCGGUGCGGGAGGCUCGGAGCCCGGGCGCCCGCUCCCCCAGCCCAGCCCCACAGCCGUCGCGGGCACGUCUCCCGAAGACGCGGAGAAGCCGCGGUCCGGGCACGCAACUCGCGCGAGAACACGUCCGGGCCAGCCCGCACCUUCGUAGGUGACACCGGAAAAGAGCGGAAGUUCCGGAGCGCGCAACGCGCAGGCGCGACACGCAGGUCCAGCCAGCCCCGCGCCAGCGCCGUCAGUGCGCAGGCGCGCGGCCGCUCUGCUUACUGCCGGUCUGCUCCCCGUCCCUGCACGUCAGCGGCCGUUGGGUCCUAUGUCACGCCGGGCCCUCCGGAGGCUGAGGGGGGAACAGCGCGGACAGGAGCCCCUCGGACCCGGCGCCCUCCAGUUUGGCUUCCGUGAUGACGAUGAUGCGGAAGAAGAAGGACCAAAGCGGGGGCCAGGUGGCCGGCGCCCCCGGAGCCCAGGGAAGGAAGGAGUCCGAGUCAACAAUCGGUUCGAGCUGAUUAACAUUGAGGAUCUUGAGGAAGGACCUGUGGUGAACGGGGAGAGGUCCGAUGGUCUGCGCACAGAAGCUGUGGUGUCGGGGAGCAAAAGGAAGUCCCAGAGUGGAAGUGCCGAGCCCAGGAAGGAUGGAGAGGUGGAUGACAGGACAGGGCCCCUGGAGCAGUCGAAUGUGAGUGGCAAACUCCGAAAGAAGAAAAAGAAACAGAAAAAUAAGAAAAGUUCUACAGGAGAAACUUCGGAAAAUGGGCUGGAAGACAUUGAUCGCAUCUUGGAGAGGAUUGAGGACAGCAGUGGCCCUCACCACCCCAGCCCACCUCCCCUGAGCUCGAGGAAGCACGUCCUGUAUGUGGAGCACAGACACUUAAAUCCAGACACAGAACUGAAAAGGUAUUUCGGUGCCCGAGCUGUCCUAGGGGAACAAAGGCCGCGGCAGAGACAGCGCGUGUACCCCAAGUGUACGUGGCUGACGACCCCUAAGAGUACUUGGCCCCGGUACGCCAAGCCAGGCUUGUCGAUGCGGCUGCUGGAGUCCAAGAAAGGCCUGUCCUGCUUUGCAUUCGAGCACAGCGAGGAGUACCAGCAAACGCAGCACAAGUUCCUGGCUGCCGUGGAGUCGAUGGAGCCCAAUAACAUCGUGGUUCUGCUGCAGACGAGCCCAUAUCACGUCGACUCACUGCUGCAGCUCAGCGACGCCUGCCGAUUCCAGGAUGAUCAGGAGAUGGCGCGAGACCUCGUGGAGAGAGCGCUGUACAGCAUGGAGUGUGCCUUCCACCCCCUGUUCAGCCUCACCAGUGGGACCUGCCGGCUGGACUACCGCAGACCUGAGAACAGGAGCUUCUACCUGGCCCUCUACAAGCAGAUGAGCUUCCUGGAAAAGCGGGGCUGCCCGCGCACGGCGCUGGAGUACUGCAAGCUCAUCCUGAGCCUGGAGCCCGACGAGGACCCCCUGUGCAUGCUGCUGCUGGUCGACCACCUGGCCCUGCGGGCACGCGACUACGAGUACCUGAUCCGCCUGUUCCAGGAGUGGGAGGCUCAUCGGAACCUGUCCCAGCUCCCAAACUUCGCCUUCUCCGUGCCGUUGGCGUAUUUCCUGCUGAGUCAGCAGGCAGACCUCCCAGAACAGGAGCUCAGCUCCGCGAGGGAAAAGGCCUCUCUCUUGGUGCGACAGGCCCUCAUCAUGUUCCCUGGAGUUCUAAUGCCCUUGCUCGAGUGCUGCAGCGUUCGGCCGGAUGCCGCCGUCGCCUGUCACCCCUUCUUUGGACCCAAUUCCGAAAUAAGCCAGCCCCCUGCGCUGAGCCAGCUGGUGAGCCUGUACCUCGGGCGGUCCCACUUCCUCUGGAAGGAGCCUGCCAUCAUGAGUUGGCUGGAGGAGAAUGUCCGUGAGGUCCUACAGGCAGUGGAUGCUGGGGACCCCGCCGUGGAAGAGUGUGAGAACAGGCGGAAGGUGCUCUACCAGCGUGCGCCCAGAAAUAUCCACCGUCACGUGGUCCUCUCUGAGAUCAAAGAAGCUGUUGCUGCCCUGCCCCCGGAUGUGACCACACAGUCUGUGAUGGGCUUUGACCCUCUGCCUCCCUCAGAUACCAUCUACUCCUACACCAGGCCAGAAAGAAACAUCAAUGUGAAAUGAAACAUCAGUCACCUGCCUCCUCCACGCACCCCACUAGGAAUGGAGCCUGCUGCUAUCUGGUCAUGUGUCCUGACUGGGAAUCAAACUGGCAACCGUUUAGUGCACAAGACAACACCCAGCCAACUGAGCCACCCUGGCCAGGGCCGGAUCUCUCUAUGACCAGUUUCCUAGACUCCUUCGCUUGAGUGCUGAAGAACACUUUGCAACCAAAUCUUCGCUUAUAAGCAAGGCACCUGGCUAUGGUGGGCUAUGCUUUCCACUUGGUUCAAGAAGCCAGGCUGUAAAGGGCCAGCCCCUGGCUCUGAAACAGUCUCCCCGUGGCUCUGGGUGCCGGCAGCACCCCCUGAGCUGACUGAGUUGUGGCUGCCUGCCCCUGGGGCUCCAGGCCCCAGCUCAGCCCCGUCUUCAGCUGCUGCCUUUCUGUCUCUGCUUCGUUUCCUCACUGUUCUUUCUC